AAUAAAACUAAUGUAAUAUACCUGGCGGUAAUAAAACCCUCCCACUCGUCAACUUGGUUCAUAUACCUGGUACUCUACGCAGAUUUUUACAAAACAUCUUACCUGGGCAGUAAGUAUUUGUGUAUAUAAUAAACCAACUCAACUUUAACAAAUCAGUUCACAACGAAUCGUUAAACAAAACAUAACCUAAUACCAACGAAAAUAACUGAAAAGUUUUCUAUACAGAUUUAAAACUGUUCCAAUUCGACAAUCAAUAAUUAUGCCUAAACUACGUAAACAAUCGGCACUACAACGUCAACGAAUUAUGAGGCAACAUCUUCACAGUUACCGUGAACGGAAUUUAAAUGACGAUCGGCUCAGAAACUCUCAACAGUUAGCAACAAGGAGACAGGAUCCUGAAUAUAGAGAAAAUGAGCGAGAAAGGGAUAGAGCAGCACAUUCAACUCGGCGCCAAGCAGUAAACUAUAGAUCUGCGGAACAAGAACGGGAUAUUUUGGCACACUCUAUUCUCCGAAUGAAUUCCAGUUAUCGAGCAACUGAACAGGCGCGCGAUGCUUUGGCUCACGCUAAUCGAAGAAUGGAUCCAACGUAUAGGGAAGAAGAACAACAGAGGGACACAUUGGCCCAUUCAGUUCGAAGGAUGGAUCCGACGUACAGGGAGGAGGAACAACAAAGGGACACGGUAGCCCACUCAAUGCGAAGAAGGGAUCCGACGUAUCGCGAAGAAGAGCAAGAGAGGAAUACACUUGCACACUCUAUCCAUCGGAUGAAUGCGACAUUUCGGGAAGGAGAACAAGAGAGGGAUACUGUGGCUCGAUCUGUUCGGAGAAUGGAUCCAACAUACCGGGAGGAGGAACAACAGAGGGACACUUUGGCCCACUCUAUUAGGAGAAUGGAUCCAACUUACAGGGAGGAGGAACAACAGAGGGACACUUUGUCCCACUCUAUUCGGAGAAUGGAUCCAAGUUACCGGGAGGAGGAACAACAGAGGGACACUUUGGCCCACUCUAUUAGGAGAAUGGAUCCAACUUACCGGGAGGAGGAACAACAGAGGGACACUUUGGUCCAUUCUAUUCGAAGAAUGGAUCCGGCGUAUCGUGGAGAGGAACGAGAAAGGGACUCUUUGGCAAGAUCUAUUCGGCGACAAAAUGAAGAAUACCGCCAAGUCGAAAGAGAGAGAGACACAGCAAUGCACCGAGUACGUCGAAGAAAUCCAGUUUUCCGUAUUAUGGAACAAGAGCGGAACACUUCAGCUCGUCGUGUCACCAGACAAGUUGCUAUGCAAAUGCAAGAAGCAGAAAACAGGAUGAGAAGUUGCCGCGUCCUUAUUCAUCGUAUGAAUCCUACAAACAGAGAAAAUAUAAACAUGAGACAAGCUCUGAGAAGUUCAGCAAGGAGAAGAAAUUUGUCGCCGGAUUCGAGGUCACAACAACAAAUUCAAGAUACUUUGAGGUGCAGAGCUAGGAUAAUUUCCAAUUUUUGCAAUAUUAUCAAGAGCGGACCCACAGAAGUUUGUAUUUGUUGUGGAGGUCUUUGGUUUGUUACUCAAAUUAAGACUCUCCGCAAAACAUUUGUUCUACAAAAAUACCCAAAUUUAAGUACAGUUUUUUUCCUUUCAGACCAGUUUCCAUCUGAUAACGAUAUAUAUAAAUUCUGCAACACAUGCCACAAAAUAAUCAAUGCGGGGAAGGUUCCUUCUAUGUGUCUCUCAGAAGGUCUACAUUUUCCAGCUAUUCCGAGUGAACUUCAGGGCUUGACGUCGCUGGAAGAAAGUGUGCUGUAAGGGGUGCAGUAGUAAAUGUCCCCAUUUCACUCGAUUCCACCGUCAACGUCCUUCCAAGAACGGCCGAUCAAAC